AUGGAGGAAUAUCUUAGUGAACUUAAGAAACUCUUUGAUCAGCUUGACUCCAUCGGGUUUCCUAUGACUGAUUUGGAAAAGAUUCACGGUUUACUGUCUGGCUUGGGAAAAGAAUAUGAGUCUGUUUCCACUGUUGUUGAGCACUCUAUGGACUCUGUUCCUGGUCAUUACUAUGAGGACGUGGUGUUUAAAGUCACCGCCUUUAACGAAAAUCUCAAGACCUACUCCUCUGCUUCGGUUGUCACUCCUCAUCUAGCCUUUCAGGCUGAGAAAAGUCGAGGCAACUACUCCACUCGUGGUCGUGGCUUUCAGCAACAUGGUCGUGGUUCACAAGGACAAGACAAUCACAAUAAGACAUCAGGAUCCGCUAGACCAACCUGUCAAAUCUGCGGCAAGUAUGGUCACAGUGUGUAUGAUUGCUACAAUAGCUUCAAUGAGGAUUAUGUUCAGCAACAAACCACUGCUUUAGCUGCCAUGCGUAUCUCUGAUGGUGACUGUCACAGCAACGGAACUGAGUGGCUACUUGACAGUGGAUCCACCUCUCACAUCACCAACUCCACUGCAAACCUGCAACACUCACAAUCCUAUCGUGGUAACAACAUGGUCAUGGUUGAAAAUGGUGACUUCUUGAUACAAGACUCGGUGGUGAGUCUUAUACCGGGAUAG